GAGAGUGUGGAAUCUAAUGAGCCUAAGUUACGGUCAGAGCGAAAAAAGAUGCGUCCUGCACUGCACUCUAGUCCUUCACUCUCACGUACCUCAUCCACAAAUCUUUCAUCCUGGCUCAAAUUAAUGAGGUAAUCGUCGCUUUCUCGGUCCGAAUCGCUCUCGCUGCAUUGAAAACAAUGGGGAAAUGUGAGGAGCCUUUCAACCUUUGACGUCACGCUACUUCCGGUACAGGCAAGGCUUUUUUUUAUCAGCGACCAAAAGUUGCGAACUUUAUCGUCGAUGUUCUCUAAUAAAUCCUUUCAGCAAAAAUAUGGCAAUAUCGCGAAAUGAUCAACACAUAGAAUGGAUCUGCUAUCCUCGUUUAAAUAAAAAAAAAAAAUUUCAGUAGGCCUUUAAGUGAGUUGUUUUGAAGACACUUUCAACAAGAACAUCUCCUUACAUGGUCACUAUGUCACUAGGCUUAGACUGAAUUUUUUUUUUCUCAACCCCCAGCGUUUACCUGUUUCUCACCUUUUUUGUAAGGGGCGCCGGAAGUUUGCAGACCCGUCAGCGAUCCUGUUCUGUCUCCCUGUAAUAAUGGUCUGCUCUUGAAUGGGAUUGUGCCGAACAUUUUAAUUUCCCCACGGGGAUUAAUAAAGUAUUUCUGAUUUUAAUUCAAAUAGGAAGAUGACGAAAAAGUAAUGACUAACUAGCGUGUUUUUCAUAAAGCGAUGAAGCAAACCCACAAAGCUGAUGGAGUGGAGAAGUGACCAACAAAGCUUCUAAUAUGGAGAUGAAGCAACUCCCUCAAUGACUUUCCUAACAUCUUCUUUUCUGGCAUAAAUAACAGAUCAAUAACCACAUUCAUGUUACCAACCUCAGCGUUUUAAAGACGUGCCGGAGUCACGUUUUAUGAGCUUGUGAUUAGUGUUUUUAUUGGCGGUCUGCAGAUGGUUAGUGUAAACUUGUCUCACUGAGGCUCUCUUGUAGGCAACACUGACUCAGAGAGCACUCUGUCACCCCUCAGGGACUGAAGACAGAUGCACAGCGCCCUCUUCUGGCUCACCCCUGUCCCUACACCCCCACCAGGGCACAACAUGAGGCCUGGAAACACACAUGAGUCUUACAACGCAGACUCGACCCGGCUACACAAGGUCAGCCAUAACUGCGAUGUGGCCUUCAGUGACAACGAGUGUGGACAUUCCUGUGACCUACACUGAGCGGUCGCUGAGGGAAAACGAAUGACUUGUUGAAUUAGGACACCUGCUGAAUGAAGGCAACGUCGUCAUCAUGCCAAUUGUGCACACUGCCAGCGGCCAGGAAGCACCAACAUCCACUUUUAGAGUGAUCCAGGACUUCAAAGAUGACCUUCCCCCUGCCUAGACAGGACAGCCAUUGGGACGACAAGUACGCCACCUCCAGGCGACUGUUUUGAUGAGGGGGAGAAGCGGCAGCAGCAGAAGAUGCUCCAGAGGAAUUACUGGAGCUUUUUGGAAGAGAGAAACUGAGGAUGCUCCGCAUGGAGUGCAGCAAGAGUGGGCUACUGUAGGUGCAAAGAAGAGACUUUUUGCCGCUCUUUCAAUGUGGGCUCCAGUCCUGUCCCUCACGCCAGGCUGAACUCCUCCAAGGUCAGGACCUCCGUCAUGGCGGCCCUGCUCCUCGGGCUGCUGUUCCUCGUCUUGCAGUCCCCCACCGUGCCCUCCUCGGUGGCCCUGGAUCCCGACGGGUGGCACCCGUCCACGGACAACGGCACCGGGGUACACCCCGACGGGACGGCGCAGCAGCUACCGCGGAUCAUCAUCAUCGGAGUGCGGAAAGGCGGCACGCGAGCGCUCAUCGAGAUGCUGAGCUUGCACAGCGCGGUGGCGGCGGCGCAGAACGAGGUGCACUUCUUCGACUGGGAGAGCCACUUCCAGAAGGGUCUGUCGUGGUACCGCAGCCAGAUGCCCUUCGCCUACCCCCACCAGUCGACGGUGGAGAAGACCCCGGCGUACUUCACCUCCGCCAAAGUCCCGGCGCGCAUCCACCAGAUGGACCCGGGCGCCAAGCUGCUGCUCAUACUCAGGGACCCCACGGAGCGAGUGCUGUCGGACUACACCCAGGUCUUCUACAACCGCCUGCAGAAGCACAAGCGCUACCAGCCCGUGGAGGCGCUGCUGGUGAAGGACGGCGAGAUCAACCUGGGCUACAAGGCGCUCAACCGCAGCCUGUACCACGUGCACAUGCAGAACUGGCUGCGCUACUUCCCGCUGGAGAGUGUCCACGUGGUGGACGGCGACCGCCUCAUCCGGGACCCCCUCCCCGAGAUGAAGGAGGUGGAGCGCUUCCUGGGGCUGGAGCCGCAGAUCAGCGCCUCCAACUUCUACUUCAACAAGACCAAAGGCUUCUACUGCCUGAGGGAGCACGGGCGCGAGCGCUGCUUGCACGACUCCAAGGGCCGGGCCCACCCUGGCGUGGCCCCCGUCGUCCUGCAGAAACUCUACCACUUCUUCCAGGAACCCAACAGGAAGUUCUUUGAGCUGGUGGGGCGAACGUUCAACUGGAAGUGACCCCAAAUGUAUUUUUACACGAGGUGGCCACUUUCUUUUCUACUCAGCGGUCAAAGAGCAGCUGAUUCAGCGCACCUGAAGGACGUCUUUCACUUUCACUUUCACUUUCACUUUCUGGAGAGAGGCCACACACUAACCUUCAAAACUUCACUUGAAUUCAUCCUGGGCUCGGAUGAUUAUUAGUAAGAGCCUACAAAGGAGAGAAGUUUGGACCAUCCAGUCAUCCAUUUUCUACCGCUUUUGGGGUCGCGUGGGGUGCUGGAGCCGAUCCCAGCUAUUUUUUAAGUAGCAGCAGAGUGAAAAAACAAGUUGACUUUAUAUUUGUUCGUGUUUCAUUGUGUCAGGUUCAAACACUGAUGACAUUUAUUAAACAAGACAAGAAGCAAGGAAUUAAACAGAGACAGAAUUCAAUUUAGCUCAAUUGAGUGAGUGAGUGAAUUAUAUUUAUAUAGCGCUUUUCUCUAGUGACUCAAAGCGCUUUUACAUAGUGAAACCCAAUAUCUAAGUUACAUUUAAACCAGUGUGGGUGGCACUGGGAGCAGGUCUUGCCCAAGGACACAACGGCAGUGACUAGGAUGGCGGAAGCGGGGAUCGAACCUGAAACCCUCAAGUUGCUGGCACGGUCACUCUACCAACUGAGCUAUACCGCCCCAAUUGAGGAGAAAACGCGUAGACACUGUACCCUUUUACAGUUUCUUUGAACUGUUUUGUAACAAAGGGGAUGGCUGUUUACGACCCCCCUCCCUUAGAAACAGCUGUUGCCACGACACUGUACCCUUGUACAGUGUCGUCCCACGCUCUGACAAAAGAUUGUACUUCUCUUUUAUUUGGACUUUCCCUGAUUACAUGGCAACAGCUGUUUCUAAGGGAGGGGGGUCGUAAACAGCCAUUGCCUUUGUUACAAAACAGUUCAAAGAAAAGGUCGUAAAACAAUUCAAAGAAAAGGUGACCUGCCUCCUCUUCCGCUUUGUAGAUCUCGGGUAAAGACAAAAUCUUCCUGUGGAUUACAAUACAUCAAAGAAAUCGACGCCUUCAUGUCGCUUCCCAUCCUACGCAGUGGAGUUUUACAAGCCUUCUGCAGGGCGAGCUGAACUCAAUGUAACACAACGUUUUGUGAUAACUUAGAUACAAUUAUUCUGACACAUUGCAUCCAUUAAACCACAUCCAAUUGUAGUUACAAUCCGCAAAGUAUGUGAUAAUACAUCUAAAACCUCACAAAAUGCCACAAAUUCAAUCGGCCAUUGUCAAUAUUCCGCUCUGAACACCUUUCGGUAAUAUCCGUAGAUUCUACGUCAGUGUAGUAACACUUCUGCACUUUGACCAUAUUAUUAGAGCAGUCAUACUGGAAAUAUUGGCAAUAGAUGUGCUGUUUAUCAUUCACAAUGUUUAUGUAAGACAAGAAGACAUAUGCUUGGCUUUUUCUAUGCAUUCUAAAUCGUAAAUAAAUAGGUAAUAAUUGAGUGAACAGAUGGAGGGUCCUCGGUUGCACUCAUUAUACUCUCUAAAAACAUCCAGAAAGCACCAACAAAACUCCAUUUACAUGUCGUGAGCUGAAAAUGAACCAAAUAUGAGUGAUAUUGUUAUUAUAAGUGCUAACGCAGACGGACUAUUUUAGGGGCGCAUUGAUAGCAGUGAGCUAGAUAAUAAUUCAUGCGUCUCUCACCUGCUAGUUGACAAAUGUGGCCAUGGACCGACAGGCUGGUCCACUUUCACAUCCCCGAGACGGCGAAAUAAACCCCACAAGACGCUUCCUGCAGGAUCUUUUUUUUUUUUAACCCUUUGUGAGGAUUGCGAUUAAAUCUUCAUCUCAACGGGAUUAAGUGAGCGCCACGUCGGUCGGCAUCCCAGCGAGAGCGGAAAUAUUACAGUAAGUGUUUUAUUAUAGUUUAUUAGGGUUGGUUUGUCAUGUCACAAUAAAGCUACAUCCGGCUAGUAGUCGGCUUUUAAAACACAUUGCUCAUCUUCUUUGUGUUCGGGCUCAAAAAUACAAGUUUCUGGAUCGUCAUUUUCCCAAAGUAAUCAACAAAGUCUGCUUGAUUAAAGUUAAAGUACCAAUGAUUGUCACACACACACUAGGUGUGGCGGAAUUAUUCUCUGCAUUUGACCCAUCACCCUUGAUCACCCCCUGGGAGGUGAGGGGAGCAGUGAGCAGCAGCGGUGGCCACGCCCGGGAAUCAUUUUUGGUGAUUUAACCCCCAAUUCCGACCCUUGAUGCUGAGUGCCAAACAGGGAGGCAAUGGGUCCCAUUUUUAUAGUCUUUGGUAUGACUCAGCCGGGGUUUGAACUCACACUCUAACCACUAGGCCACCGAGUAGCAUUGUUGUUGAUGGGGAAGGGAUCUGUGGUUCCUCCUCUACGUCACGGAUCACGUGGCUGGCUUCCUCCUUAUCUCUCAAAAUGGCUUGGGAAUCUCUGUGAGAUUGAGACUAUUUUGAUCAUAUCUAUGUGCUCGCAAACUUUGGAAGUAUGUUGGUGUCAUAAAUCAGAAAUAUAUGAUAAUAGCUUCAAUAUAGAGGCAACUUGUUUUUCCACUUUUCUGCUACUUUAAAUUUGCUGGAUUUUU